CAACAUUGUCAAGUUACCGUCUGCAGGAAUUUUUCCAUGUUGUCGAUUAAACAGAGUUGACAUUCCUGGACAUUUCAGUUAAAAGGUAUUGGUUGUGAUGUAGUUCUCAAAAAGAAAAUAUAUCUAAAAAAAGAAGUGUCUGAAAACCUUAUAUUUAUUUAGCUUUCCCAACUAAUAUUUAGGCUGAAAAUUUUCAUAAGUAUUUAAUAUGAAGAAUAAAAAGCAAGAAACACUUUUCCAGAGAAUUGAUAUUAUUCAACAGAUAUCUCCAUUUCAACAUUUUAUUCUUGCUUUAAUGUUUCGUUUAAUGUUGCUGUUUUAUGGAGAAUGGCAAGAUCAAUAUUUUGAAGUUAAAUUUACAGAUGUUGAUUAUCAUGUUUUCACCGAUGGUGCAUCAUUUGUUGUAAAUGGAAGUUCUCCAUUUAAAAGACACACUUAUCGUUAUACACCAUUUCUAGCCUAUUUAUUAACACCUAAUAUUUACUUACAUCAAUUAUGGGGGAAAAUAUUGUUUUCAGUUUUUGAUGUUAAUACUGGUUAUCUGAUCUACAAAAUUUCAAAAAAAAGAUUGAAUGACUUAUCAUCACUCUGCUGUGCUUUGCUGUGGCUUUAUAAUCCAUUGCCUGCAGUGGUAUCAACUCGUGGAAAUGCUGAAUCUAUUAUGUCUUGUCUCAUACUUUUAACAAUACAACUUUUACAUAAUAACAAAAUAUUCUAUGCUGGCUUAGUAUACGGAUUUUCUGUGCAUUUCAAACUCUACCCAAUUAUAUAUGCUCUCUCUAUAUAUUUAAGAUUGAGUGAAAAAUCAAAUAAAUCCAAUAUGAAAAAGAUUUUAUAUUUGGUACCAAACAAAAAGCAUUUUUCAUUUGCAAGUGCUGCUGCUAUUACAUUUAUAUUGCCUACUUUUCUCGCUUUUAAAAUGUACAAAAUGGAGUACAUUGAUGCUGCUUUUCUUUAUCAUUUGACUCGUAAAGAUAUAAGACAUAAUUUUUCUCCAUUUUUUUAUCUUUUAUAUUUGUUAGAUGACGAAAAUCAUAAAUGGCUAUCCUUUCUUACAUUCCUACCUCAAAUGGUUUUAUUAAUAGGUAUAUCGAUUAGUUUUAACAGUGAAAAGGAUUUAUCAUUUUGUAUUUUUAUACAGACAGUCGUAUUUGUUUCUUUAAAUAAAGUUUGCACAUCUCAGUAUUUUUUAUGGUAUUUCUGUUUGAUGCCAAUAGUCUUGCCCUUUUUAAAUAUGUCUGUAAAGAAAGGUUUACAUUUAUUUCUUUUAUGGCUAUGUGGUCAAAUGUUAUGGCUGUUUUUUGCAUUUCAAUUAGAAUUUAAAGGAAUCAAUUCUUUUAUUUUAUUAUGGUUAAGCAGUAUCAUUUUUUAUCUGAUUAAUUUCUGGAUAAUAAAAGAAAUGAUUAUUUCUUAUAAAUGGUGAUAAGUAUUCACCCUACAAUUAAUAAAUGGUAUUGUGAUAUAUAAAUGUUCACUAUCUUAUUACAUUGUUGUAAAAAUUUAUUACAUACAGUAUAUACAUAUAUAUGUAAUUUAUAUAUAAAUUUAAAAUAAUUUAUU